AAACAGCCUCUGCCAACAAAAAUUGAUUUUUCGAUGCUGAUGAUAGCAAGGAGUCCCACUUAAUUGAAUGGCUCUCUGACUCUUGGUGACAAUAGUGAGGGGCCUUUCGACUCACUUGACAUCGUUGAAUGCUUCUCUCUCUUGCGUCUGCUGGGAUCUGCUGUUCUGCUCUAGCGACGAGCGUUAAUUUAACAGCCUUCUUGCGCUUAGCCAUCUUGGAUUGAUAUCAGCUCAACGAUGUUCCCUUUAUUUGGCUGACUUCGACCAUAUAAAUCUGCAGGCUUUCCCGUCGUACUGCCGUGUAGUUGUUGUAUAUUACACCAUGACGAAGAAGUGACAAAUGAUCAUCGAUCGACUCAUCGAUGAACUCGGGUAUUGCACAAACUUGGUCAAUGUCUGACAUUAACACAGCCGUUCAUGGUGAUUGAGACAGCUUGUACAACAUGAACUCUCGGCGUCAACCUAGAGAUCCGCAAAUGUCGCCCAAGCACCGGGCACUCCCUCAGACUCUUCCGUCUUCCUCGCCCCAGAGUUCAACGCCAUCAUGUACCAAAACUCCAACAAGUCCGUCUCAAGCACCGAAGCAACGAGGAGUGAGCGCUGGAAGUGAAGAGAACUGCAUACCCGAGAUCGUGAAGUAUCUUGAAGAGUUCAAGAAUGGAGAAGCAUCUGCAGAUGAUGUCUUCACUUUCUUCUCAUCCCUAACAGAGGUGCUUUCUCGUCUUGAGAACAUACCUUCAAUCUCAAAGGCUUUACAAUUUGACUUUGACAUAACAUCGCCAUUACAGCUGGUGCUUUUUCAUGUUAAAACCUCCUUAAAGGAACAUUUAAUAUCUCCUCCUUUCGACCAGAUAUUGGUGGAGAAACAGACAUCAAUCUUGCAGUCUUGGAUUCGUGUUCUUGUCAACAGCUCUUUUUCCCUUCCUCGUGACAUUUCUGGGUAUACCUAUCGCAAUCACUGGGAAAAGUGCUUUCGCUGCUUGGAUAUUCUUCAAUGGGCGCCCCUUCGGCCAAUAGCCGAGGACGUUGGACCUCGACCAGAUCUCACACAUCGCUUACGCGCAUCUAUUCCUGAAAGCGAAGAUAUGCUAUGGAUUCAUUUCAAGGACUACAAGCCGUUCCUCAUUUUCUCCACCCAGUUUGGCUGUAAUUUCCCCUAUAGCUCGGUUAAAGUGCGUGGUAGUCCAGAGCGUUUGGACGUUACUAUUAUUACUGUUCACACUCUAGAGGAAGCGCCUGUCUCUGUCGUUGAUGCUGCCAGACACAAGCUUCCUCAUGAUGUUUCUGUACGGUACUCAACGGGUACGCUUCUGCGCCUGUCUCUGCCACCAUCAUCGUCUGCAGUUCCAGCCAACCAUGGACGUAGCUUAUUAAAGACAGUUUGUCCCGGAGAAUCUCUUUCACCACUCACUUUCACCAUGCCUAUACGGCCCUUGUUAUGGAUAUUGGGUAUCCACUAAUUCGGUGCAUGAGUCAACACAUGCCCGUACUCGGCCUUCUCGGCCCUAGUAGUGACUCGCUCGUACUUUCUCUUAUUUUCUCUUACUUUCUCUAUUCUUCUUACUAAUACUAGAAUAUUAUGGAGC